AUGGGACACCCUGGCAUGGCUGGAUGGCGUUUGAGCCAGGGUACAGGAGCCGGGCGCGGCGCGAGGCGGGGCCCGGAGCUGCGGCGGCGGAAACGGCCCGGCGGGCGCCAGUACAAGGGGGCUCUGACGCGCGUGGUGCGCUCCAACCUCCUGCCUCCCCCGAGCGUCGAGGACCCCACGGCAGGCGCGGCCAAGGGUGCGCGGUGGCGCGGGGGCACCCAGCACCUGGCCGACAACCGGCUCAAGACCACCAAGUACACUUUACUGUCCUUCCUGCCCAAGAACCUUUUUGAACAGUUCCACCGCCUAGCAAACGUGUACUUCGUCUUCAUCGCGCUGCUCAACUUCGUGCCGGCGGUGAACGCCUUCCAGCCCGGCCUAGCGCUGGCGCCCGUGCUCUUCAUCCUGGCCGUCACGGCCUUCAAGGACCUGUGGGAGGACUACAGCCGCCACCGGUCGGACCACGAGAUCAACCACCUGGGCUGCCUCGUCUUCAGCAGGGAGGAAAAGCAGUAUGUGAACCGAUUCUGGAAAGAAAUUCGUGUGGGAGAUUUUGUGCGUCUUCGCUGCAAUGAGAUCAUCCCUGCAGACAUUCUCCUGCUCUCCUCCAGUGACCCGGAUGGGCUGUGCCACAUCGAGACUGCCAACCUGGAUGGAGAGACCAACCUGAAGCGACGGCAGGUGGUCCGCGGCUUCUCAGAGCUUGUCUCCGAAUUCAAUCCUUUGACGUUCACCAGUGUAAUCGAGUGUGAGAAGCCAAACAACGACCUGACUAGGUUUCAUGGUUGCAUCACGCACAACAAUGGGAAAAAGGCCGGGCUGUAUAAAGAAAACCUGCUGUUGCGAGGAUGCACCAUCAGAAACACAGAAGCUGUUGUUGGCAUCGUCAUCUAUGCAGGACACGAAACCAAGGCUCUGCUGAACAACAGCGGGCCCCGCUACAAGCGCAGCCAACUUGAGAGGCAAAUGAACUGCGAUGUGCUCUGGUGUGUCCUCCUCCUCGUUUGUAUGUCUCUGUUUUCUGCGGUCGGACAUGGACUGUGGGUAUGGCGGUAUCAAGAAAAGAGAUCAUUAUUUGAUGUCCCUGAGUCUGAUGGCACCUCUUUAUCCCCAGUCACAGCUGCAGUUUACUCAUUUUUGACAAUGAUAAUAGUUCUGCAGGUUUUGAUCCCAAUUUCCUUAUAUGUUUCCAUUGAAAUUGUUAAAGUAUGCCAAGUGUACUUCAUUAACCAGGAUAUGGAGUUAUACGAUGAAGAAACAGACUCACAGCUGCAGUGUCGAGCUCUGAACAUCACAGAAGACUUAGGGCAGAUACAGUAUAUCUUCUCAGAUAAAACUGGCACUUUAACUGAGAAUAAGAUGGUUUUCCGAAGAUGCACUGUGUCUGGCAUAGAAUAUUCCCAUGAUGCAAAUGCCCAGCGUCUGGCCAGGUACCAGGAGGCAGACUCAGAGGAGGAAGAGGCAGUACCCAGAGGGGGCUCACUGCCCCAGCGUGGCAGCAUUGGGAGCCAUCAGAGCAUUCGCAUCAUGCACAGGAGCCAGAGCACCAAGUCACAUCGGCGCACAGGCAGCCGGGCCGAGGCCAAGCGGGCCAGCAUGCUGUCCAAGCACACGGCUUUCAGCAGUCCUAUGGAGAAAGACAUUACACCUGACCCAAAGCUGUUUGAGAAGGUGAGUGAAUGUGACAGGUGUUUGGCCAUUGCAAGGCACCAGGAACACCCACUGGCCCACCUUUCACCAGAGCUCUCUGAUGUGUUUGACUUCUUCAUCGCACUCACCAUCUGCAACACAGUAGUAGUCACAUCCCCGGAUCAGCCGCGACAAAAGGUGAGGGUGAGAUUGGAGGUGAAGUCCCCUGUGAAGACGAUAGAAGACUUCCUACGAAGGUUCUCACCUAGCCGCCUGACCUCCGGCUGCAGCAGCAUCGGGAGCCUGGCCACCAACAAGACCACCCACAAGUCAGGGUCCAACUUUCUGUCCAACCUGUCCAAUGAGAGCACACUGCUCAGGCUGGAGGAGAGGCUAGGCCAGCCAGCCCCAGCCAUUGCCAGCAAUGGCUACAGCAGUGGGGCUGCCAGUUGGGCCCCGGAGAACACUGCCAAGGAGCAGGAGUUAGAGCUGGAGCAGGAGCAGGAGCGGGAACUGCGCUAUGAGGCAGAGAGCCCCGACGAGGCAGCCCUUGUGUACGCUGCACGGGCCUACAACUGCACGCUGGUAGACCGGCUGCAUGACCAGGUGUCAGUGGAAUUGCCCCACUUGGGCAGGCUCACCUUUGAGCUCCUGCACACGCUGGGCUUCGACUCUAUUCGCAAGAGGAUGUCAGUGGUGAUCCGGCACCCACUCACUGAUGAGAUCAAUGUCUACACCAAAGGAGCUGACUCGGUGGUCAUGGACCUCUUACUGCCUUGCUCCUCAGAUGACGCCCGAGGAAGGCAUCAAAAGAAAAUCCGAAGCAAGACUCAGAAUUACCUCAACUUGUAUGCAGUGGAAGGUCUGCGCACCUUGUGCAUCGCCAAAAGGGUUCUGAGUGAAGAGGAGUAUGCCUGUUGGUUGCAAAGCCACUUAGAAGCAGAAUCCUCCCUGGACAACCGUGAGGAGCUUCUCUUCCAGUCUGCCAUUCGCCUGGAAACAAAUUUGCAUCUGUUGGGUGCUACCGGGAUUGAAGACCGCCUGCAGGAUGGAGUCCCAGAAACCAUUGCUAAAUUGCGUCAAGCAGGCCUGCAGAUUUGGGUUCUUACCGGUGACAAACAAGAAACAGCCAUUAACAUUGCAUAUGCUUGCAAACUGCUGGACCAUGAUGAGGAAGUCAUCACCCUGAAUGCUGAAUCCCAGGAGGCCUGUGCGGCCCUGCUAGACCAGUGCCUACACUACGUGCAGUCCAGGAGCCCCCUCAGUGCCCCUGAGAAGAACACAGACAACGUGAGCGUGGGGUUCUCCCCUCUCUGCCUGCCCUCUACAUCCACCAACUCUGGUCCCAGCCCGAGCCUCGUGAUCGAUGGGAGAAGUCUGGCCUACGCCCUUGAGAAAAACCUAGAAGACAAAUUUCUCUUUCUCGCUAAGCAGUGCCGGUCAGUCCUUUGCUGCCGCUCAACACCUCUGCAGAAGAGUAUGGUGGUGAAACUGGUCAGAAGCAAGCUCAAGGCCAUGACUCUGGCUAUAGGAGAUGGAGCUAAUGAUGUCAGCAUGAUCCAGGUGGCAGAUGUGGGUGUGGGAAUCUCGGGCCAGGAAGGCAUGCAGGCAGUGAUGGCCAGUGACUUUGCAGUGCCGAGAUUCCGAUACCUUGAGAGACUCUUAAUUGUUCAUGGACAUUGGUGCUAUUCCCGACUUGCCAACAUGGUACUGUACUUCUUCUACAAAAAUACAAUGUUUGUGGGCCUACUGUUUUGGUUCCAGUUUUACUGUGGCUUCUCUGCAUCUGCCAUGAUUGACCAGUGGUAUCUGAUCUUCUUUAAUCUGCUCUUCUCGUCACUUCCCCAGCUUGUGACUGGGGUGCUGGACAAGGAUGUGCCAGCUGAUGUGCUGCUGACUGAACCACAGCUCUACAAGAGUGGUCAGAACAUGGAGGAGUAUCGGCCACGCGCAUUCUGGUUAAACAUGGCUGACGCUGCCUUCCAGAGCCUGGUUUGCUUUUUCAUUCCUUACCUGGCCUACUAUGACUCGGACACAGAUAUGUUUACCUGGGGGACCCCCAUCACGGCAAUUGCGCUGUUCACCUUCCUCCUGCACCUUGGUAUUGAAACAAAGACCUGGACCUGGCUCAACUGGAUAGCUUCUGGCUUCACACCUGUUGCUGCACUGCUUCCCAGAUUGUUUUUCAAAGCCAUGCAGGGGAGCCUUUUCCCCACCCAACUUCAACUGGGACGCCAGCUGGCCAAGAUGUCCCCCAAGACAGUCACUGCUCCCAAAGAGACCUUUGCUCAGGGACACCUCCCAGAAGAACCCAGAACUGAAUCAUCUGAAAAGAGGAGCAUCAGGACCUCUGGAUCCCUCUCCCAGGACUGCACCUUACAGGCAUCUUGGCAUGUGCAGCAGCCUGCCUGCUCCCCAGAAGCUCGUGGGGAGCCCAAUGUGGUGGACAUGAACUUGCCUUUAAGGGAGAACAUUCUGCUAGAAGGACUGAGCAGUCAGGCCCCGGGUCCCUCCAUGCCAAGGGAGGCUAUCUUGGAAGGGUGUCCUGGAGAUUCCAAGAUGAAAUCCACCAGCACCAGCAGGGCAGCCCCCCUGUCAUCGAUUUUCAACCUGUCCAAUUUCAGCUCAUUUAACUGGAUUUCCCCCCUCUCUCUGGUCAGUGGACUAGGAAGUGUCUUACAGUUUUCUCGAAGUAGUUUACAGAUGGACAAGAGGGACAGCGAGUUCUUGCCUAGCCCGCCUCAGCCAGACCAGGAUCUGUGUGGCUUAAGUGGGCAGACCACCGACUACUUCUAGGAGCAACUUUCAGGGACUGCAGCUGAUGGCAGUAGCAGUGAAAACUUUGGGCCUGUUUUUUUAUAUAACUUAGAUGUUAAUAUUAUUUAUGUUUAUUAUUUGCACAGAAGAGUUCUAGUGAAAUAUAUUUUAUGUUUCCAAGGCUAACACAGGAAAUGAAAGGUACCAAAAAGAAAAUUUAUUUUUUAAAAGUUCUAAGUAGAAUAUAUUGAAAAGGAAAAUAAGAGCUUUAACAUAUAUA